AUGAAGUUGAUCCAAAUAAUAACUACAAUUUGCCUGGUAUUUUUCGAAGAAUCCAAGUCCGUCCGUUUGCACAAGAUAUUUCAAUUUAUCGAUGGCUUCCAAGCCGAGCAUAACUUGCGGGGGUACCUCCAUGUCGGAAACGACUAUGCCAUAUUCUUGAGACUGCCAAAACCCCACGACAAGUAUCUCGUGUAUGAAUUAUAUGAAGCUAGGAAUGUUCCUGAAGUGGACAGCUACAAACCUAGGAUGCUCGCGAUAACAAAGGUGCCUGUAGAGUAUAUGAAAGCUCAGCUGCAAAUGUUUCGCAGUGAACUGUUUAAGUCGAAGUAUGAAGAUGAUAAGAUCGUGCCUGGGACGCAGGUUAAAACGUUGCGAGAGUGGCAGAUAGACAGGGCGUUGAGUUUCCAUGAUAACGGCGGCCAAUUCCAUGACAAAGUACCUGUGUUGAGGACGAUACUCUGA